AUGCGGGUUUUAUGCGGGUGGUAUGCGGGUUUUAUGCGGGUUUUAUGCGGGUGGUAUGCGGCUGCUAUGCUGGUCGUAUGCGGGUGGUAUGCGGGUGGUAUGCGGGUGGUAUGCGGGUGGUAUGCGGGUGGUAUGCGGGUGGUAUGCGGGUGGUAUGCGGGUGGUAUGCGGCUGCUAUGCUGGUGUAUGCCCGGCUGGUGUAUGCCUGGUGGUCGGCCCCCUCUGGUUGAAGCCUCGUCACUGCCGGCUAAGCUAAAGUUAACCGGUUCAAAGAGCAGCGAAGCCGUGCAGUUUUGA